AUGCUGAACAAGAAAAAAAAGCAACUGAAUGUAGUUUCCCAGAUCAGAGUGGGGACCUCUCGUGCCACCAUCUUACGGCAGCGGUCAUUACGUUCUGGGGCGUUUUCAUCUCCGCAGUCCCGACCUUUCAGUGUCAAGUUGUAUGUGGCUGAAACUGAUGAGAUAUAUACAGUGUAUGACUGUUAUCGUGAGUUAACCAUGAGAAAUCUGAAGAGCCGACUGGAACUCUUGGUUGGGAUCCCUGUGAAUUUCCAACGCCUCCAAUAUCUCGAUGAAGUGGAUCUGACUGACUGCUCUACAUUUAAGAAUAAUGACAUUAUUCCUGGAGGAACCCUCACCAUGAGAAUCUGGUCACAGGACGCUUGGGGGCGUUUGGUGGCUACUGCUGCAAAAGGGAACAACAAAAAGAUGCAUGUUGUAGGAGCUACAAAGACUUCCAUGUUUAGCACGGCCCAUUCAGAGCUCCUGGGACCAGCAGAGAAGAGUGACUGGUUAGCACACCGAACAUUUGUGGCUUUAUUUGUUACAGUGCGCAGGGGCCACGUGGAAACAGUGGAAUUCCUGCUUCAAAAUGGUGCUGACCUGACACGUAAAACUCCACUGGGUCGAACAGCCCUCCAUGUUGCUGUCACCUCGGGCCAGGGUGACUGCAUAGAUGUUCUUCUUAACUAUGGGGCCAGGAUUAAUGAUGAGGACAAUGAUGGAUGUAAUGCUAUACACCUUGCUCGCCAGUGGGGGCAAAAGGAAAGUGAGCGCCGGCUCUUCCGACACCAGUGGAAGAUGCGAACAGGUAGACAUGCUCAACUCUCCACCAAGCCCAAACUGGAUGAGAAAGUGGAAACGUGAUUCCAAGUGUAAGAUCCAGCGAAGGGGCUAGAUCACUUGCUGAGAAGCCCCUGGCAUGAGCAUAACUGAGUGUUUCUCUCAGAAACACAGUUGAGCUCUACAGUCUUCAAAUGGGUUUUUUUUUUAAAAAAAAGAACUGUGUAAACGAUGGUUGCUUCCAUGCAUUAACACUGUCCUCAAACGCAGUUGCUGUACGAGACUUGAAUCCCUGUGUGUGUGCGUGUGUAAAAGUUGCAGAUUUACACGUAUAAAAUGGUUCACAACAAAAAGCUACAAAAGCGAAGUACCAUAAGAUAAAGUACAAAGGAUUGUAGAAGUAAAGCAAAAGCAAUAAAACAACGUCUAGAGUUGUGU